AGGUAAUGGUAGACAGUGCUGCGGAAGACGCUGUACGACAACGGAGGCCGCAAGGCCCUACGGAAGAUGUGCGACCUACAAGCGAUGAAAGCGAUAUGGACGCUAUCGUUCAGGAUGAGGAAAGCGAUGCAGCCGCAAAACAGAACGAACGUCGCAAAUCAGUCUCAAAGUUUACCAAGAUGAUUCCUCAGGAUACUGGUAGUAUGGGAGAACUAGUGGACUCGCUUCUUGCUACGCUUCCAGCUAGAUGGCGAAAUUGGGUAGUUCGCGGCGUUUUUACCAUAAUCAUGGUUUCUCUGUUUUCGUUCAUUGUUAGCAGGGGACCGACAUGGCUCAUGGCUUUGGUGUUUGCUAUACAGUUCAAAUGUUUCCAUGAAAUCAUCAGCAUCGGCUUAGCCGUUUACCGCAUGUAUGACUUCCCCUGGUUCCGUGCACUUUCUUGGUACUUUCUCAUCACAAGCAAUUACUUCAUUUUUGGAGAAAGUCUUAUCGAUUACUGGGCGAUAGCGCUGAGGAAAGAUAAUUUUCUGCAAUUCCUGAACUCUUAUCAUCGACUAAUUAGUUUUGCACUCUACUGCGUAGGAUUCGUGUGGUUUGUUUUAUCAUUGAAGAAGGGUUAUUAUCUACGCCAAUUCUCUCUGUUUGCUUGGACUCACAUUACAUUACUGCUAAUAGUUUGUCAGUCCUUCUUCAUCAUUCAAAAUAUUUUCCAAGGAACCAUAUGGUUCCUCGCUCCGGUUUCGAUGAUCAUCUGCUGUGAUGUGAUGUCGUACAUGUUCGGAUUUUUCUUCGGUCGCACACCUCUGAUCAAGCUGUCGCCUAAGAAGACAUGGGAGGGUUUCAUUGGAGGAGCUGUAAGCACCGUGGUUUUCGGAAUUCUGCUUGCCUAUUCUUUGCACAAUCGACCGUUUUUUGUGUGUCCAGUGGAGGAUUACUACAUUGACAAUACAAACUGCACCAUACCAUCAUCUUUCCAAACGCAGCAUUAUUCGGUGCCGCGUCCAUUUUCGUGGAUCCUUGCCGUUUUGAAACGUGAUCCUCAGAUCCACAUCUUCCCCUUCGUUCUCCAUGCGAUUGUCAUGGCGUUGUUCGCUAGCUUACUCGGGCCAUUCGGCGGAUUCUUUGCCAGUGGAUUCAAGCGAGCGUUUAAGAUCAAGGAUUUUGGUGACGUUAUUCCGGGUCAUGGUGGACUAAUGGAUCGUUUUGAUUGUCAGCUUUUGAUGGGAACCUUUGUCAGUGUUUACAUUCACACAUUCAUUAGAGUACCAAAUCCUGAGAAGUUGGUGACGCAGAUCUUAUGGCUUCAACCUGAGGAUCAGAUCGCAGUAUUCAACUCACUUAGACAUGAACUUAUUCAAUCAGGGCUUUUGCAACAGUCUUGAUCCCAUACAUAGAUCUCCGACCAUACCUGCAUAUUACGCAGGAGCAGGACUUUCCUGGAAUAUGAUUCAUCAUAGUGCAAGCGUUGUCACAAGACUCCUGUUCUACUUAUGAUUGAAAUUCUUCUCUGCUUGUGUUACUGUUAGAAAAUCUAACAUGUUUGCUUUAAUUUGUCCACCUCUUUG